AAGUUCAACUUCCUUUCAGAUUCCACAUAAUCCCGGGUGCGCAAUGGUAUCCUACACCGUCUCACAUCAAGCCUACGUCAAAAUUAUCCUCCACUCCGCCAAGUACCCGCACAAACUGGUGAACGGCGUCCUGCUGGGGAAACGCGUCGGGUCAGACCAAGUCGCCAUCGACGAUGCCGUCCCCCUGCUGCACAACUGGACGAGCCUCAGCCCCAUGAUGGAGAUCGGCCUUGAUCUUGCCAGCGGGUACGCGGAGUCUAAGGGCCUGCACGUCGUAGGCUACUAUCAGGCCAGCGAGCGCGUCGGCGAGGUGGCUCUUGCUCCUGUUGGGGAGAGGAUGGCGAGCAAGAUUAGUGAGGCGUUCCCUGAGGCUAUUGCCUUGGUCGUCGAUGGACAACAAGUUGGCUCCGAAUCUGCUGCUCUGAUGCCGUUUGUGGCGGCAUCAGGAACUUCAUGGAGGCCAGUCUCGUCGUCUCCUCCUCCAUUCACACUCGGAUCAACAUUCAGUUUGGUAUCUGAGAAGUCGCCCACUCGUGCAGUGGCUCUGAUUCGGGAGUCUCGUCUGCACGAGAAGUUCGGGGACUUUGACGAUCACCUGGAAGAUGUCAGCAUAGAUUGGCUAAGGAACGAAGCGUGCAACGAUCCCGUUCCAUGACAUGUCGGCUCCCUACCCAUCGCCGUGUCUUGUACUUAUGCAGAUUACAACGAUUUCCGUCGAAGGUCGGAUGGUCUCCGUUCUGCAGUAACCAAUUCGAGUUCAUCCGUAGCUAGCUCCAUUGCACGGCCGCAGCUUGGCAUUUCUU